AUGAGAUAUCUAUCUUUUCUGACCAUCUUCGUCGCCUUCGUGGCGCCGUUGGUGUCUGCCGUGAAGUUCCUCGAAUCCAAUGCACUUAAUGUGUGCAUGGAAAGCAGCAACUUCACCGCCAACUUUUUCAAUGUUGCCUACUACCCCGGAAACAAUUCACUCAUGAUCAGCUUUGAUGGUGUCUCCUACAUCUCCGGCAAGGUUGUCGCAGAAAUCACCCUCACAGCUUACGGUAUCAAUUUCUACCAAAAUACGAUCAACCCAUGCUCAAUUGAGGGUAUGGGUAUGUGCCCCAUGGCUCCAGGCCCCAUCGAUCUAACCGAUGUUACCCUUCCGAUUGCCGGGGAUACUGCCUCUAGCAUUCCAGGCAUGGCUUAUACAAUCCCAGAUCUUGACGCCAAUUUGAAAAUUGUGAUCAAAACCUUGGAGUCGCUUGAGAAAAUUGCCUGUGUGGAGGCACAGCUCUCCAACGGCAAGACGGUCUACCAAGUCGGAGUCGCCUGGACGACUGCAGUAAUAUCCGGUCUAGGUCUCGCGGCGUCUGCUAUUACCUCUGGACUCGGCCAUUCCAACACAGCAGCUCAUGUUGCUGCUAACGCCCUCUCGCUUUUCGGAUUUUUCCAAAGUCAAGCAAUGAUCGGCAUGACGUCGGUCCACAGCCCGCCGAUCUUCGAAUCAUGGACCCAGAAUUUCCAGUGGAGCAUGGGAAUUAUCCGUGUCGGUUUUCUUCAGAAUAUCUGCACUUGGUAUCAGCGGUCCACCGGUGGCAGCCCCUCUACGGUUCUUUCGUCCCUCAGUGACACCUCGGUGGAGGUGUUGAAGCGCCGCAAGCGUGACCUGAUCGACCCAGCCGUUAUGCUCAUGAGACGCGGCAUGAACACGCUCUCGAAGCGUGCUGACUCCGGUCAAAAAGUCCAGGUUGUACGGGGUAUCAAUCGUGUCGGUUUCCGUGCCAAUAUGGAAGAAACAAAUAUCUUCUUGACUGGGCUGAUCUUCUUCACCGUCUUCGUUUGUUUUGUCAUUCUCAUCGUCGCAGCCUUUAAGGGAGUUUGCGAAUUGCUUGUCAAAGCAGGCAAAAUGAAGAGUGACAGGUUCCAGGACUUCCGCAAUGGGUGGAGAGUUGUCCUCAGAGGAAUCCUCUUCCGAAUGGCUCUCAUUGGUUUCCCUCAGAUGUGUGUUUUGUGUCUCUGGGAGUUUACCCAGCGUGACUCGGCCGCGGAAGUCGUUCUUGCUGUGGUCAUGUUCCUCUCGUUGCUUAUUGCACUGGGCUGGGCUGCGCAGAAGGUCAUUCGAUUGGCCAAGCGUUCCGUGACAAUGCACAAGAACCCAGCUUAUAUUCUCUAUUCGGAUCCUUCUGCUCUGAACAAGUGGGGCUUCCUAUAUGUGCAGUACCGGGCGACGGCCUACUACUUCGUUGUACCAUUCCUCAUUUAUGUCCUGAUUAAGGGAAUGUUCAUUGGUUUGAGUCAGCCUGCUCCCGUGGUCCAGACCGUAGCAUUGGUGGUUCUCGAGACCGCCAUGCUAGUCGGCGUCUGUAUCAUUCGGCCAUGGAUGGAUAAGAAGACCAAUAUCUUCAACAUCUCUAUUGCUGUCAUCAACUUUCUCAACGCCAUUUUCCUCCUUGUGUUUUCCAACGUCUUCAACCCACCUGGCAUGAUGAUUGCCUUCAUGGGUGUGAUUAUUGUUGUGAUUAACGCUGUCUUUGCUCUGGUCCUCCUUAUUCUGGUCCUCAUCGCCUCAGGUUUCGCCAUUUUCUCAAGGAACCCUGAUACCCGAUACCAGCCGAUGCGUGACGAUCGGGGCUCUUUCAUCAAGUCUCAGACUCAGUUGAACACCGAAUUGGAUGCGCUUAGUGCCGCCGCCCGCGGUGACAUGAAGUCCCACGUUUACGAGCCUACCAACCCCUUCGGGGACUCUUCGGCUUCCAUUUCCAGCGGUACUGGUCACAACAACCAUGCCCAAAUGGACCAAAUCACCACAAUUCACAAUGGCAAUCGCCAACCCUCACCCGUUGACCCAUCAGUACCGCUCUUCGCUCCCGCUACGCAUCAUGCCCCACCAGGAGGCUAUGAAAAUGCACCCGUUGGUGCAUCAGCUCUCGACGCCGGCUACCGGCAACAAAAUAGCUCUAGCCCAUGGCAACGAGGGGCCGGCUACGAGCACUAG